AUUCGUUCUGAUCGGUUGCGGCUGCCAUAACGUUACUGUCGCAAAGCCCGAGUGUCGUGAAUACUGGCCGCCCACUGAAGAUGGCGGCGGAGCUGCAUCCGCGGAGCGGAAAGCUGAUCGGCCUGUCCAACUCGAACCGAACCGCCCGGCGCAACCAGCCAGUGCAGGAGUUCAACCAUGGGCUGGUGCUUAGUAAGGAGCCGCUGAGGGACCGAGAUGUCUUCACCGUCCGUAUUGACAAGAAGGUGAACUCUUGGAGCGGUUCCAUUGAGAUUGGCGUGACGGCACUGGACCCUGCCGUGUUGGACUUCCCCAGCAGCGCUACAGGCCUUAAGGGCGGCUCCUGGAUCGUGUCAGGCUGCUCGGUGCUACGUGACGGCCGCUCAGUCCUGGAGGAGUACGGCCGCGACCUCGACCAACUAGCCGAGGGCGACCGGGUGGGCAUUCAGCGCAGCUCCCGCGGGGAGCUCCAUCUCUGGGUCAAUGGGCAGGACUGCGGUGCGGCCGCCAGCGGCUUGCCGUCUAAACUCUGGGCGGUGGUGGACCUGUAUGGCAAGUGCACUCAAGUGACAGUGGUGAGCUGUGAGCCGCCGCCGCCGUCCUCAGCGGAGAAAGAGACAAUAGAGCGAGUGGAGGAGGAGGAGGCGGAGGAGGAAGAGGAGGAGGAGGUGGUGGUGUGUGGGGGUCGGGAGGAUGCGGGGAUCACGGCACUGAUGAAUGUGGCAGCAAUGAAUGGAAUGAUGAAUGGAGAUGAAGUGCCUGAGCUCAGCUGCAGUCACAGCAGACCAGACAAGUUCCCCAACAGCUUGGAGCCUGACACAGUUCUGACAGAGCACCAGCUCUUUGACGUGUUCAACAACGCAAUAGUAUCAUUUUAUCGCUCUGAGGAUGAGGGCGGAGGGGAGGACGGUGGAGGCGGAGGAGGAGCCGGAGGUGGCGGAGGAGGAACUGCAGGAAGCGACUCUUCUUCCAGAAAUGACAGGGGGAGCAGCAGCAGUGGAGGAGGUGCAGCCAACAGCGACAGUGGAAUAGCAACAACAGGGGGUGGAGGGAGCAGAGGAGGAGGAGGAGGAGGUGGAGCUAGCAGUGCUGGAGAAGGCGGAAACUCGAACAACAGUCCUGCCGGUAAUGGAGGGACCGGGACAGGGGUUGUGACGGGUGGGCUGACCACCAACGACGCGCUGCUCUUUCACGAGAAAUGUGGCACUUUGAUCAAACUGAGCAACAACAACAAGACGGCGGAGCGGAGGAGACCGCUGGACGAAUUCAAUAACGGCGUGGUGAUGACCAACCGGCCGCUCCGACACAACGAGAUGUUUGAGAUCCGCAUUGAUAAGCUAGUGGACAAGUGGUCAGGCUCAAUAGAGAUUGGCGUGACGACACACAAUCCUAACAAUCUGGACUAUCCUGCAACUAUGACCAAUCUGCGCUCAGGUACAAUCAUGAUGAGUGGCUGUGGGAUACUGACCAAUGGGAAGGGAACCCGCAGGGAAUACUGUGAAUUCAGCCUAGAUGAACUUCAGGAGGGAGAUCACAUAGGCUUGAUGCGCAAAGCCAGUGGAGCGCUCCAUUUCUACAUCAAUGGCAUCGACCAAGGUGUUGCAGCAGCCCAGACACCCGGCGUGGUCUACGGUGUGGUCGACCUCUACGGCAUGGCCGUCAAAGUCACAAUAGUCCACAACCACAACCACAGCGACCGCCUCAGACGCAACAACGCCAUCAUGAGGGCUCUAUCGCCGGAUGUCGGCAGGCCCAGGUCGGCUCUCUCCCUCACCCCGGACACAGAGUGCCCCGACCGGCUGCUCUUCCAUGCCAACUGUGGCCAGAAGGCUGCCAUCAUAAGUGACGGCAGGACGGCAUUGCGGCCACAUGCGACUGACGACUUCAACCACGGUGUGGUCCUGAGCAACCGGCCGCUGCGCUCCAAUGAGGUGUUCCAGGUUCGCAUCGACAAGAUGGUGGACAAGUGGGCAGGCUCCAUUGAAAUCGGCGUCACAACGCACAACCCUGCCUACCUGCAGCUGCCCUCCACUAUGACCAACCUGCGCUCAGGGACGUGGAUGAUGACAGGAAACGGCGUAAUGCACAACGGAACAACAAUCCUGGACGAGUACGGACACAACCUGGACCGGCUCAAGGCAGGUGACACGGUAGGUGUAGUGCGGAAAGAAGACGGCAGCCUCCACUUCUUCGUAAACGGCGUGGCUCAGGGCCCGGCAGCCUGGAACGUCCCUCCCAGUGUUUACGCCGUCGUCGACCUCUAUGGCCAAGCUGCUCAGGCCACCAUCAUGGACGACAUGGUGGACCUCCCCCCUCUCCCAGAGGACAGCUCAGAGGGCCCCACAGCCAUGUCCCCCGGGAGCCCCUGUUCAGUAGGUGGGACCAGCUCUACCAACGACCUGCGUUUCCACCAGCUCCACGGCACCAACGCAGUCAUCACCAAUGGAGGGCGCACCGCCCUGCGCCAGAACUGUCGCAGCGAGUUCAACGAUGCCAUUGUCAUUUCCAACAGGUGCCUUCGAGAUGGAGAGCUGUUUGAAAUUGUUAUUCAGAAGAUGGUGGACCGCUGGUCGGGUUCAAUAGAGGCAGUGACGUCCUCUGUGUGUGCAGGAGUGACGGCAAUCAGGCCAGAUGAGCUUGAGUUUCCCAACACUAUGACUGAUAUUGACUACGACACCUGGAUGCUCAGUGGAACAGCCAUCAUGCAAGAUGGCAACACGAUGCGCAACAACUACGGUUGUGACCUGGACUCCCUGACCACAGGCUCACGCAUAGGCAUGAUGCGCUCAGCCAGCGGCGACCUCCACUACUACAUCAAUGGCGUGGACCAAGGCAUCGCCUGCUCCGGUCUGCCACCAGAGGUGUACGCUGUGAUCGACCUGUAUGGUCAGUGUGUUCAGGUGUCCAUCACCAGCUCCUCAGGCCCGCUGGACAACAGCCUGUGCACCAGCAACAUCACUGAGAAGAGCUUUCCAAUCCACUCGCCAGCAGCAGGUGUUGCCCAUCGGUUACACAGUAAACACGGUAAGAACGUGGUGCUGCUCGGCGAGGGCUGCCAGGCCGUCAGAGUUGGAGGUUACGCUCACGGCAUCGUAUUCAGCGCAAAGGAGCUCAAAGCAGACGAGCUGUUUGAGGUGAGGAUUGAUGAAGUGGAUGAGCAGUGGUGCGGUUCGCUGCAUAUCGGUCUGACCACGCUGGCACCCCCUGAGCUGCCAUCCUGCCCGCUAUCCGGUCUCUCCCCCUCCCUCCCGCAGCUUCGCACCAAGGUCACCUGGCUGCUCUGCGGCUCCGAGGUCCGUCGCAACGGUGUGCUGCAGCGCCAGAACUACUGCUGCUCGCUGGACCGGCUGACGGUUGGCAACCGUGUGGGUGUGAAAAGGUGCAGUGACGACACCAUGCACAUCUUCAUCGAUGGAGAGGACAUGGGACCUGCAGCGACUGCAGUAGCCAAGAAUGUGUAUGCAGUUUUGGACCUGUACGGGCGGAUAACAGCCGUGUCCAUCGUGAGCUCCUCGCUGAUGGAGGAUACGGAAAGCGUGAAGGCGCCCUCGCUCUCCUCAGACAGCUGCAGCGAAGGAGAGGAGGAGGGGACCCCCGUCAGAGAGGUUGAGGCAGAGCCGUGUGCGGUGGUGCCCACCGUCAUGGCAUUCCUGGAAAACCACGGCAAAAACAUCCAGCUGUCCAACCAGAACCUGACGGCAGCCAGAGUAUGCAGCUACAACCAGGGGCUGCUGGUCACCGCCCAGCCGCUGGCUCGCCAGCAGCUGUUUCAGUUUCAGAUCGACCGUCUGAACCCGUCGUGGACGUCAUCGCUGUCGUUAGGGGUGAUAGGUCACUCCCCCGACCGGCUCAACUUCCCCUCCACAGCGUGCUGUCUGAAACGCUCCGCCUGGCUGCUGCAGAGGGACUCUGUCUUCCACAACUCCCUGAAGAUAUGUGAGAACUAUGGUCCUAAUUUGGACACAUGUCCGGAGGGGACAGUGUUGGGUCUGCUGGUGGACGCCAACAGCUGUCUCCACCUCUACGUCAACGGCAUGGACCAGGGUGUUGCAGCGCAGGAUAUUCCUUCGCCUUGCUACCCCUUCAUCGACCUCUACGGCCAGUGCGAACAGGUUACCAUAGUAACAAACAACGUGCCAGCUGUGGGUGGGGAGAGUGGGGAGCCCCGUUGUCAGGGCGACAUGGAGAAGGCGGACAUGGUUGACGGAAUCAAAGAGAGUGUGUGCUGGACGCCCCCUCCAGAGGUCAACCCCAACAAGACCUGUGAGUAUCAGGCACUGUGCUCACGCUUCAAAGACCUGCUCACGUUACCAGACGGCUACUUCAACGAAGACGCAAAGUACAACCUGUGCUACUGUGAGUCCUGCCACAAACUUCGGGGUGACGAGGCUUAUUACAAGAGAGGAGAGCCGCCUCGGGACUACGCCCUGCCCUUUGGGUGGUGCCGCUUCGCCCUCAGGAUCAAGCCCCACUGUGAGGUCUCCAAUGCACUGAAGAAGUGGCACAUCGCGUACCACGGCACCAGUGUAGGAGCCCUGCGACGCACGCUGGACCACAGCCAGCUGCUGCCUGGGACGUCGUCCGUCUUCUCAGUGUCCCCGGUGAAGACAGAGGGGCCUAACGGCUACGGAGAGCCAGAGGAGAACAGCGCCCCCGGCAGGGAGGUUCCCAGAGUGCGACUCUCUCCCACGAUGCGCUACUCAGGCAUGGAGAUCUUUGCCCCCAAAGUGCAAUUUUUGGACCCCCGUUCUCACCGCUGCCACCAGGCUCAGGUGGGAUUCCAGGUGUGUGUGCGUCCCGGCUCCUACAAGGUGGGACCCCAGACGCUCGGCCACAGCGAGCCCCUGGACCCUCGCUUCAGCAACUCGGAGAUCGAGUGGAUCACCAAGGAGCAGGGCGGCACGCUCCUCUACGGACUGCUCAUUCGGGUCGAGUGAAGGGAGCGACGGUGGUGGGGCAUUCGGGUGGAAGCGGGGGAGGGUCCGUGCGGCGCCCCUCGUUACUUUUAACAAACUGACAACCAAAUCCAACCCCUGCCUUGAGCGAGAGACUCCUGUGGAAUCCAGCUGUUCCAUACUGUGGAUUGUUGACAAUUCAACGUUAUUGUUUCGUUUAUUUUGUUUUUGUUUUUUUGGUUGGUUGCUCUUGGACUCUUUUAAUGGCUGGGGGCUACGGCGGUUUCAAUGAAGAACAGACACUGCCUGCACUUUAUGUUUCGGACACUCGUGGGCGAUUUUUAAACUUCUCAUCGACACGACAUGUUAUUGUUCAUUCGCUUUGUUUUUUUUCACGUUUUUUUUUUUGUCCCCGUUCUUCCCGACAUACUUUCUUCCACUCACACAAACUGCUUUUUUUUUCUUUACCUUUUUGGCACUUAUUUUAACACUUAAUCAUCUCUGGUCAGUGUUUUAUUUUGGGAGGAGCUGCCCCCUGCAUGUUCUCAGACCGUCACCUGAAAAGACUGAAACGUGGGUCAAAAAAAAAAAAACAAAACAAAAAAAAGAGUGACAAUGUUUUCAAAAAAAUUAUAUAUGUGUAUGUAUAUAUAUAUAUGUAUAUAUAUAUAUACAUAUAUAUAAAAACAAAAAAACAGAAACUUGAAUCUGAGAAUGAACCCAAGAGUGUCUUGUGAUUGUGACUUCUUUGGGAGGGUUUUAAAACUGGAGGAAGAAAAAAAUGUUUACACAUACAUGUACUGUAUGUUCCUGUCCUCUUUGUGUCUCCACAUUAGCAGUCUGGCUACUUUAUCAGAACUGUUUGCAUUUCUGUUCUGGACCAGAAUCACCUCGGACUGGUGUUGUCAGAUGGAAGCAGGCUUUAGUGUGUGGAGGAAACCCGAAGGCGCGACCUGAGAAACGGACAUUUGAAAAACCUUCCUGCACUUUUUGGGAAUUUAAAAAACAAGAAAAAAAUUGAGUAUUGUGGUAAUGAAUGAAAUAUAUGCCCAGCCUUACAGCUUGUGCGUUACACCUGAGAGGAUCCACCGUCAGAUAUUUAGAGUUAUAUUUACCUCUAGACUCGGUAGUUUUGAUACAGGAAAAAGGGGUAAAGGGGGGACGAGUACUACAUUUUGGGAUCUACACUUCUCUGCUUUUUAUGCCCAAAGUUAGAUGAGAUGGUUUUAAUCUUGUCAUGUUAGCAAACAAAAUUUCCCAAAUUGAUUUUUUUUUUUUUUUUUUUAAAGAUGGUUAAAUGGUUUCCCCACAUCACUCCAACCCUCCUGCCCUCAUCAUUUGCUCUAACUCCACUCCAUGUCUGACUCUGUUUACCCAGCAGGACCCCCAGAGCCAACAACGAGGACUUUCAGGGUCAGCAGGAGGAUGAGUGGUCUGCAUCCAGUGACCUACGCCGCUGUUUACAUGUGAAUGUUAAUAAGUAGGGCUCUUUUCUUUCAGCCAACAUCACUCAUUUACAUUUGUCAAAAUGUUUAUACAAGAGUUUUUAUUUGAUCCAGAACAUCCGCUUAAUCAUUGAUUGUAUGCUAACUGUUUUCCCAAAGCGCAUUUCUUUCUUUUGUUUUCUCAUUAUUCUCAAUCCUGUCGCCAAUUUGAUAAACCUGCUACAGAACACGAAAUCCUGACAGCUUUUCAAGGCACAGUUUUGAUGAGUCGACCUCAAAAGAACGUAAUUCAAGAAGCUCGGCUCACCUUCUCCGAGCAGCUGUGAUCUGACUGACCUAAGCUCUGCGGGGUUUGGCGAAAGAAAAACUUGGAAUCAAAAAUGUGAAAAAUAUAACGAUGUGGGUAAUUUAUGGCCCAGUGCUGCUUUGUACAAUUUAAUUUUUGUUUUGUUUUGUUUGUUUUCUGUAUGUUGCAUUGUACAGGCUGUUACAUAACAACUCAUACCUUCCUGAUUUAUAAAAAAUAAACUGACAGACAGUAUGCACAGAA